GCGCUGUCUUUUCUCAGUCUGAGCAGCAGCAGCGGCGGCGGCAUCGGGGACAGCGGCUGCGGCGGUGAUAGCCGCGACGGCGUUUGAGUGGAGGAAGAUGGCGGCUCCGGGUGGCCCCGGGUCCCGUCAGCCGUGAAGAUUCCCCGAGCACAGCAAGCAGCGGCCUGAGGCAGAGCGGCUGUGCUCCGGCCCUGGCCCCUUCGCCGCCGUCGCCGGAGACGCGAAGCCGUGAGCGCGGAACGGGCUGGGCCAGCUUCAAGUGGGAUGUCAUGGCCAGCUCCUCGGACAGUGAAGAUGACAGUUUCAUGGCUGUGGACCAAGAAGAAACUGUGUUGGAAGGGACAAUGGAGCAAGAUGAGGACCCUCACCCAGUGUUGGAGGUUGAGGAUACAAGACAUAAUAGGUCAAUGUCUGAGCUGCCAGAAGAGGUUUUGGAGUAUAUCCUAUCCUUCCUUUCACCGUAUCAGGAACACAAAACUGCAGCUCUGGUCUGCAAACAGUGGUAUCGGCUGAUCAAAGGUGUCGCCCACCAGUGUUACCAUGGUUUCAUGAAGGCUGUCCAGGAAGGAAACAUUCAGUGGGAGAGUCGGACUUAUCCUUACCCUGGAACCCCCAUCACUCAGCGCUUCUCUCACAGUGCGUGCUAUUAUGAUGCCAAUCAGUCUAUGUAUGUGUUUGGAGGCUGCACCCAGAGCAGCUGCAAUGCCGCCUUCAAUGACCUCUGGAGGCUCGACCUAAACAGCAAAGAAUGGAUUCGACCGUUGGCUUCAGGGUCCUAUCCUUCCCCCAAAGCUGGGGCCACUCUGGUCGUGUACAAGGACUUACUAGUGCUAUUUGGUGGCUGGACAAGGCCAAGUCCCUAUCCCUUACACCAACCAGAGAGAUUCUUUGAUGAAAUUCACACAUACUCACCAUCUAAAAAUUGGUGGAACUGCAUCGUCACCACGCAUGGGCCCCCUCCCAUGGCUGGCCAUUCCUCCUGUGUGAUAGGUGAUAAGAUGAUUGUCUUCGGUGGCUCUUUAGGAUCCCGGCAAAUGAGCAAUGAAGUCUGGGUCCUUGACCUGGAGCAGUGGGCGUGGUCCAAGCCGAACAUCUCUGGCCCCAGUCCUCAUCCCCGAGGUGGCCAGUCUCAGAUUGUUAUAGAUGAUGCAACUAUCCUAAUCCUUGGUGGGUGUGGCGGUCCCAAUGCUCUGUUCAAAGAUGCCUGGCUACUGCACAUGCACCCAGGUCCCUGGGCCUGGCAGCCACUCAAGGUAGAAAAUGAAGACCAUGGAGCCCCAGAGCUCUGGUGCCAUCCAGCCUGCCGGGUGGGACAGUGUGUGGUGGUCUUCAGCCAGGCUCCUAGUGGGAGAGCGCCCCUCAGCCCCAGUUUGAACUCUCGCCCAUCACCUAUCAGUGCCACUCCUCCAGCCCUGGUUCCCGAAACCCGAGAGUACCGCUCCCAGUCCCCAGUGAGGAGCAUGGAUGAAGCUCCUUGUGUUAAUGGCCGCUGGGGAACACUGAGACCCAGGGCUCAGAGGCAGACUCCUUCAGGUUCCCGGGAAGGGAGCCUCUCCCCAGCCAGAGGAGAUGGCUCUCCCAUCCUCAAUGGUGGAAAUUUGUCUCCAGGAACAGCAGCUGUUGGGGGUGCUUCCUUAGACAGCCCUGUGCAGGUGGUAUCUCCAAGCACUCCAUCUGCCUCUGAAGGGUAUGACUUAAGAAUGGGACUUUCUCUGCCCCCCCGACGAGGGUCUCUACCAGACCAGAAGGACCUGAGGCUAAAUUCCAUUGAUCUGAAUUGGGACCUGAAGUCUGCUUCCAGUAGCAGUCACGUGGAUAGCACAGACAACAGGACAGCGGCAGGGAGUGUGAGACACCCUCCAGAACAGACCAAUGGUGUUCACACCCCACCACACGUGGCCAAUGCGCUGGCAGGGGCUGUAUCUCCUGGUGCCCUGCGUCGGAGCUUGGAAGCCAUCAAAGCGAUGUCAUCCAAAGGCCCCUCAGCCUCAGCUGCACUAAGUCCUCCUCUUGGGUCUUCUCCAAGCUCCCCUGGGAAUCAGAGCCUGAGCAGUGGAGAAACAGUACCCAUCCCCCGCCCAGGACCAGCCCAAGGAGAUGGUCAUUCCUUACCCCCCAUUGCUCGACGUCUGGGCCACCACCCUCCACAGUCCCUCAAUGUUGGCAAACCCCUGUACCAGAGUAUGAACUGCAAACCCAUGCAGAUGUAUGUGCUGGACAUUAAAGAUACCAAGGAGAAAGGCCGGGUCAAGUGGAAAGUAUUUACUAGUAGUUCUGUGGUCGGACCUCCUGAAACCAGCCUGCACACAGUGGUGCAAGGCAGAGGAGAGCUCAUCAUAUUUGGAGGGCUCAUGGACAAGAAGCAGAAUGUGAAGUACUAUCCAAAAACAAACGCCUUGUACUUUGUUCGAGCAAAGAGAUAAUUUGUUCAAAA